GCUCAUACAGCUCGCAUCGAAUUGUUGAAGGUAUUUAGUUUGGUUCCUGGCGCAAAGGGCCAUUUUCACCACAUCGACACUCGAAAACGCCGCCUUCAUACGAUCCAGCGACGAUUGGCAACCUGGUCGACAACCUAGCCGUAGCCGACCGAUAUCGUUCUAGUUUUGGUUUGUUUCUCUAUUGGAGUGCUUGAGUUCCCACACCAUUUGUCUUGUGCAGUGAAUUAACAUCUUCAUCAGAUCCGCCAUUCAAUACCAUUAUAAUGCCCCCGCAUUCUGUAUUCGAAUGGAUUGUCGGCCAAAACCUCCCGACGGGGAAAAGGAAGUCGUCCAAACAACAAUUCGUUAGAAUUGAGAUGACCACCGAUGACGAGGCCGACACCGACUCUGUCACCGUCACCUACCCGCGAAAUGGCGCGGGUAGACGGCACAAGAAGCACAGAAGACCCAAAGCACCUAGCCCUCCCAGUCCACCCAGCCCGCCCGAGGAGAAGAGGGUGACGUUCAAAGACAGGCCUCUCAAGUCUGCCUUGAAGAAACCGCACCAGCCGUCGUCCUCGGAUGCAUCGUCGGAAGAGUACACCGAUUCCGGCGACGAUGAGAGUAGCGAGCAAGAGCCGGAGCCGAAGCCCAAGAAAACAAAGAAAAAGGCGAAAAGGUCGGAGCCGUCCGACAGUGAAGCAAGCAGCGGCAAUGGUAGUUCCGAGCCUGAUAAGCCUGAGCAUCGGAACUGCGCUUGCUCGUGUUGUGUGGCCGGGCUAAUGCUACUAGCCAAGAUGGAUGAGAUCAACAAGGGCGGCAAGAGCAACGACGCCCCGUCGACCGAAGAGACCAAAUCAAGCCCGGGAAAGGACGGGAAAGAGAACAAGGGCGGAGAUAUGGGUAACGGGAAAGUCUCUCAGAAGAAGAAGGGGAAGAAAGAGAAGGAAGAGUCAGAGACGGAGCCCGAAACCGACACGUCUGCCGGCGCCGCUACCUCGGCUAACGAGACGGCGACGGAAUCCGAGCCGGAACCACCGAAAUCCAAGAAGAAUAACAAGAAGAAGAAGGAUAACGAGGAGAACAAGGCCGAUCCAAAGAAUGGCGAUAAGCCCAAAGAGGGCAAGAAAGCUGAAGCUGAAAAGAGCCCCGAGAAGAAGAAUGAGAGUAAGGCCAAAGACGACAAGGCGGAUAACGCCAGCUCCAAGCAGGGCGGUACCGGCGACGAAAAGAAAUCCGAGCCACAGCCUCAUCCGAAUCUCAUUCUGCCCGUUCGCGAUCGCAACCUUCAGAUGCAACACGUGGUCGAAGACCCUGCCCGAGAUACGCCGCCCAAUGCCUACUUCGACAACGACAAAAACCUCUGUCGAGUCUACCAUGGACCCUACUGGGGGUACCCCUACGGCCAGUCUUAUCCCCCGGGAGGUCCUGGCCCGCAAUACCCAGCCCCGGGCUGGCCUCAAAUGCCCGAAACGCAGGCCAUGCACGGCCGUCAUCCAAGCAGAGCGCCGAUCCCUCCCGGAUACCCGCCGCCUCCUCAACAACCGACCCCCAUGCCGUACCCAUCCUGGGGCCAGCCGUACGGCCCAUUCCCGCCAGUGCCCCCUCCGUACGGCGGCGCAACCCAGCGCCCGGUGGGAGUGUCAGGCAUCCCAGGCAGUCCCGACGGUGCCGACGCCCUUCGUCGGCAAGGCUUUGUCCUUGACCCGUUGUAUGGUGAUCACUCCAAAACGGAGAAAAAAGAGAGCCAUGGUACGCACUAUUUCAAAAUGGGCGACGGGGACAAGAAGUCCACCGACGAGCACAAGUGGGCCAAGGGGAGCGGCGUGCAGUGGAACACUCCAGCGACGAACUGGGUCAAACUCCCGAGCAACAAGAGCAAGAGUGGCUCCAACUCGGGCAAUAAGAGCAACCAUGGUAAUAAUAACGACGGCAACAACGGCGACUCCAAUGACAACAACAACAACGACACUAACAUAAACGAAUCCAACGGUUGGGGUGCCUACAAAGAUGCCACCACCAACGACGCCGACCCCAACAACGACAACAACCAAUCCACAGGCUGGGCCGCCUUCAACAACCCCACCACCAACGAACCCGACACCACCAACAACAACAAUGACACCACCAACCAACCCGGCGGCUGGGGGGUCUACGACAAACCCACCUCCAACCACGAAAACGCCAGCCAACGCGGCUCCAAUAAAGGCGGUUCCACCACCGGCCGGCCCAAGACCCCCUCCCCAGACCUGCGUCCCGCCACGAGCAGCAUGCCCGGCAGCUGGUCGCCGCAGGGGGGCAGGGAGAAUAUCAAGUGGCACGGCGGCGGCGGUGAUGCCGGCGGUGGUGAGAAGAGCGGUGGUGGUGGUGGUGGUGGGUGGUGGGGUGACAAGUCUGCUGCGCAGGGGACGGCGGGUUGGUGAACCGCGGCGGGGGCGGCGGUCUUCGGUCUGCCUCUUGUUGC